CAAUUCUCUCACACCAGCCUGUCCCUACCCACAAGCAACAGUGUCAUUAGGUUAUCUUAAGCCUAGUGAUUACCUGUGAUACUGCUUGGAAAAUCUGUCAACCUGUACAGUCCAUUCACCAUGCCUGGAUCUCUACCUGCUAACUAUGUGGCUGCUUGGCCCAAAGAUGUGGGCAUCAUCGCUAUGGAGGUCUACAUUCCCUCUCAGUAUGUGGACCAGACAGAACUGGAGGAGUUUGACGGCGUCGGGGCCGGAAAGUACACCAUCGGGCUCGGCCAGGCGCAAAUGGGCUUUUGCUCAGACCGCGAGGACAUUAACUCUCUGUGCCUGACCGUGGUGCAGCAGCUUAUGGAGAGAAACUGCCUGUCGUAUGACAGCGUGGGGAGACUAGAGGUGGGCACAGAGACCAUCAUCGACAAAUCCAAGUCUGUGAAGACUGUACUAAUGCAGCUGUUUGAGGAGUCGGGAAAUACAGAUGUGGAGGGCAUCGACACAACUAAUGCCUGCUAUGGAGGAACUGCUGCACUUUUCAAUGCAGUCAACUGGGUGGAGUCCAGCUCUUGGGAUGGUCGCUACGCUCUGGUCGUGGCGGGAGAUAUUGCUGUGUAUGCCACAGGCAGUGCCAGGCCUACCGGUGGGGCUGGAGCAGUGGCCAUGUUGGUUGGGCCCAAUGCCCCUCUGGCAUUUGAUCGAGGUCUACGAGGCACCCACAUGCAGCAUGCCUAUGAUUUCUAUAAGCCCGAUAUGGUAUCUGAAUACCCCGUGGUGGAUGGAAAGCUCUCCAUCCAGUGCUACCUCAGUGCAUUAGACAGAUGCUACUCAGUCUACCGCAAUAAGAUUCAAGCACAAUGGCAAAGAGAGGGACUUGAGAGGAAUUUCAAUCUGGAUGAAUUUGGCUACAUGGUCUUCCACUCUCCUUACUGUAAACUGGUCCAGAAAUCUCUGGCUCGCCUCCUGCUCAACGAUUUCCUGUAUCAUCCCAGUCCCAACACAGAGAGCGGCCCGUUCAGUGGUCUGGAAGCCUUCAGAGAUGUGAAGAUUGAGGACACUUAUUUUGACCGUGACGUGGAGAAGGCCUUCAUGAAAGCCAGUGCGGAGAUGUUUGAGCAGAAAACCAAGGCUUCACUCCUCAUAUCCAACCAGAAUGGCAAUAUGUAUACGCCGUCUGUGUAUGGCUGCCUGGCUUCAGUUCUAGCACAACAUACUCCACAGCAGGUGGCAGGACAGAGAAUUGGCGUGUUUUCUUAUGGAUCAGGAUUCGCUGCAACUCUCUACUCUAUUAAAGUCACACAGGAUGCUACACCUGGUUCUGCGCUGGAUAAACUUGUUUCCAGUCUGUCAGAUCUGAAGGCUCGACUGGACUCCAGGAGGAAAGUUGCACCUGGUGUCUUUGCAGACAACAUGAAGCUUAGAGAAGACACUCAUCACUUAGCAAACUACAUCCCCCAGGGUCCUGUGGAUGAGCUCUUUCCAGGAACGUGGUACUUGACCCGUGUGGAUGAGAAACACCGCAGGUAUUACGCCAGACGCUCCCUUGACGAGGACAGACCACUGGAAGCAGGACUGGCUGAUUCUGUAACUGAAGCAGAGCACAUCCCCAGCCCAGUAAAGAAGAUGCCCCGCAUCCCAGCCUCCACAGCUGCCCCUGAGGCGGUUGCUGUUAGUAACGGGAACCACUAAUGUUGACCUCUGUGAGGUACACAUAAUCACAGAUGAUGGUGAGGACAUCAGAUCUGGACAAAAGCAAGAACAAGCAGAACAAGACGAGGACCCGAGGCAACGUGUCUGCCUUGGUGGCCUUAAGGCAUGUUAUUGAAUGAUGUGAAAUACACUUAUCGUUUUUAAGUGCUCCUGAUUAGGACUGGUUAUUCAGUCUCUGUGUUUAAUCAGCAGAGUUUCGGAGCGCAGGUGGGGUUUGUGUUUGGAUGUAAUAAGGUUUAUUUGUGGUGGGCACUGUUGUGUUCACUGCUGGCACGAUUUUUGAUAGUAAUGAGUAAUGGACACAAGCUGACACACUCAACAAUAAUCUUUGCUGCUCAGAGCCGAUGAUCUAUGCAGAGACAGUGGAAUGAUGUCAUGAUGCAUACAAACAUGUUUUCAGACGCUUAACUCACCUUUCGUUUGCAUUAAGCCAGGCUGAAUGUUCUAGACACUCAGGCCAGCUGUGGAAGGGUUGAGAAUAAAGGGAAGUGGGCCUUUUUACUUUUACUUUAAUUCUGCUGCUUUUUUUUUUUCUUUUAGUAAGCAAAUGCUCAUGCUAGUGCUGCUGCUGCUUCUUUCGUGUCCCAUAUUGCUGGCAUUUCUGUAAAAUUGUACGCAUGCAUAAGUGAUGCAUUUCUAUAUACCUCGUGUUUUUUUUUUUUUUCUUUUUUAAACAUAAAUUAUAUAUAUAGUGUCAGAAAUAUCUGCUUAGGCACAGCUGAGUCAGCUAAUUCAACUUAGUGGAAUUGUUUUAUUUAUAUAAGUCAGAUUCCAUUUAAUUUAACUUUGACAUCAAUUUUAAGGCCUGUUUUAAUGGUUAAAAAAACUAAAGAACAUCAAAGAAUAUCAGACUCGCCCAGAUAUAAAGAAAUAUAAAGAAAAUUAUGAAGAGAAUUGUCACAGCGACAUUUGACUCAUUAGUGUUAUGUGACCAACAACAGCAGUGUACGAACACUACUUGUUUUUCGUUCACGUUUGUAUUUUUGUUUGUUGUCGCAUUCAUAAUUUAGACAAAUUUAGGCACUGUCAGUUAAAGCUGUCCAUUGUGGUAACUGCUGGAUAUCUUCACGAUCAUGCAAAACCUUGUAUCUCUGAGAUCUUCAAUGUUACUCAUUCAAUCAUCUCAUUAAGACUCAAACUGGCUUUGCCAGUGAAAUACUUUUUUCCCUUCUAAUGGAAAGUUCAUACAAGUGUUUGCAUGACCGUGAUGAGAUCUGGGGGAAAAAAAUAGUGGUUCAAUCACACACCAUUUCUAAAUUUGACAAUACUGUCUGAGUUUCUCUUUGUGGGGGGGUUUAAGAAUAGGUUUAAGCAUUACCGAUCACAGAGGAUGACUGAAAGGAAUAUUAGUUUAUUCGUUAAUGAAAAGGAAUUAAAUUAAAUGUAUAUUGGGUUGUUCCGACUUCCUUGGGACCACUAAAGCAGGGAAGAUAUAAGGGAUAGACAAAUGUAUCAAUAUAUGAAAGUAUAUUUAUGAUUAUUUAGCAGCGUAACGUUGUUCUCAUGCUAUGGCACGGACACGAUCCACUCAAACAAAACGAUAAAGAUAAACAAUUCAGAUUUUUAGACCCCACACCAAAUAGUCCAGUUUGUUUAAAGCUUCCAAACUAAAUGUGGUCUGUUUUUGUAUCGGUGUGUGUAGGUGCGUAAGUUUGUGUGUAUACGUGAUCUGUUUUUGGUCUGUCUGUUUCUGAGCCCCUUGCCUUUGGUUGUGCCAAACUGCCAAAGAGCAGAUCAUUUCCCGAAACCCGUCACAGCUGCAGUUGUUUAGCGAGCCUAAAACAGUUUAGUGUGCCUGGCAGUGGUCUCUGCAGCACCGCAUUACCGCUGAACUGCCUUUCUGUGCGCGGUGUGGGCCGAGGGGAUGGUUCUGUAGGACUAGAAUACUGUAAAACUUCUUAACUAAGGGCUUAUAAUGUAUCUUUUGCCACAGACUAAGUGAGGUAAAUUAUCUGAUGCUGCACGCAGGUUCUGAUUGGUGAAACUGGAUGUUUUUGAUGAUGUUGAUGAUUAUGAUAAUUAGGAGAAAGAGGAGGACUUUUCCUCUCGUUUCCAUCCGUCCAUCUUACACAACAGUGAUGUUAAUAAUGAUUCAUUUAAGUGGGAUUGGGGAUGCCUAGAAUUUAGACGUGACCUCAUUAGAAAUUAAGCUAUUAAGGGCGUGUUCACACCUGUAGUUGGUUUGCUCUGGUCAGAAUCGGUUGAGGAGUUUCGUAAACUUGGAGCAUUUUGGGUUUGGUUCGGUUCGGUUCGGUUCGUUUUUACACAGGGAAUAACCCAAGUGCACUAAAAUGUGUUUUAACCAAACCAUGUGACAAUGUUCUCUGCUGUUAUUGGUCAGUUGUAUUGGUGGAGCAAGAAAAUAAAUACAGGAAGAAGUGCUCUUGUUCUUCCAUGUAUUUCAGCGUAAAUAAGCUUGUAGCAGCUGCAAAGAUGACAUUUGUUCAUAGCUUUAGUAAUUAUCUGGGUAAUAAAUCAGGUUAAAUUGCAUCUGAAUAGCAUUUUAGCUUAAACUCACUAAGUACAGCUAAUAGUUGGGUCUGAUCUCCUCACCACAAACGAACUGUGAUUGGACUAAGACCACCUCCUCUUCUAGUUCUCAAUGCAAUUCCUGUGUUCACACCUGCCCAAACGAAUCGCAUCAAGAGUUAAAACAAACCAAGAUCCAGGUUAAGCAAACUAAAAAGUGCAGGUAUGAAAACGUCAGCCUUCCCUCAAACCCUGUACUGGGAGCACUUGCAAUUGCUGUGGUCAUUUGCAUUCCCAUACAAAAGUCUUUUAAUACCAAGCGGUUAGAUUGUUGAGAGAAUCACCUGCAAUGGUGACGCGAACUGCUCAUCUUUAAAAAGCCUUAUUCUAAGCAUGUUGAGAAAACAGGAACAGAGGAUGGAAUUCUGAAUAAUAUAAUGUACAGGUAAUUAUAUAUACAUAUAUAUAUAUUUUUUUCUUUUUUUCUUUUUUUUUUUUUUUGCAGCCAGGACAAGUCGGCUCUAAGGUUUUAACUUGAAACAGCUAAUGUUUACACAAAGUUUCUCUGAGAUCAGUCAGUUAUACCAAUGUUUGGUGAGUAAUGUACAAUACUAACUGUAAAAUUAUUUAUAUUUGUAGAUGUAAAGAGGAAUCUGUGUCUGAUCAGGCUUAACUUUUGUAGAAAGCAAGCUGUAUAAAAGAGGUGUAAUAUGUAAGAAUGUAUAAAGAGAUGAACUGAGAAAUAAAUCUGUUCAUGUAUA